AUGGACGCGUCGACCCCCUCUAUCUAUCCAUCCUCUCUCGCUACUGUUCUUCUGCUCCUGCCCUCUGCACCCGGCCACACAGCCGCACAUCUCGCCUGCAUUGUGUUUCACUACACAGCCCUCGCAGGCUUCCUUGGUCCCUCACAACGCCUGCACGCGUCUGCUCGCACUUCCCGUUACUAUCACCUCCACAGUCUGUCUGAUCGGCACGCUCCCUGUCCCCCUAUCCAUACAUCACGCUUUGACGGGGAACAAGAAUCUAAGCAUCCAGCUGACUUUAGCAAGCAACCAGACGAUGGUGCUCAUGAUGAUGACGACGACGAUGAUGAAGGGCUGAGGCUGGAGGCGCUUCUUCAGCCAGACAGCCUAGUGGAUCUUCUGGAGGAACUAUGGGAGGCAAUGUGGGUAUGA